GAUGUUGGCAGAACUGUAGUACGGCUUCAAGAUUCUGUAUAACCGUUUUAAAAAUAAAAUUUCAAAGACAUAAAAUAUAAAUGAAAUAAUUUUGAAAGAAACUUACAAUUUCAAUAAAUCAAUACAAUUGUAAAAUACCUCUCUAGUAAUAUAGCACAUUAAAACGAUACUGUUGGUACUAAUGUAAAUAUUUAAAAGAUGCCAAGCGUAGUUGGUGGUAGUAUUAAUGGUACCCGGUACGUAGACAACAGUACGAUGCAGCUGGAAAGUCUGGAAUUGACGGGCUGUGCCCUCGACCGAUACAUAAGCAGUGAUAAUUUGUUGCCUUCGUUUUUGGAGAUAACUGGUAUAGCCGCUCAAAGAAGUCCAACAUGCAGCGGCCUUAACGCCGGCGACUACAGAAAUCUUCCCGCCUUACUAAAUCAUCCAAACUUGUCGCAAUUGAAGAUCUUAAAUAAAGUUCCAUUGCCUCCCGAGAUAAUGGAACAUUUUGCUCAUAUGCAAUGUCAUUGUCUAAUGGGAGUGUUCCCAGAAAUAAGUAGAGUAUGGCUUGCAAUUGAUAGCAAUAUCUACAUAUGGGCAUUUGAACAUGGGAGUGAUGUAGCAUACUUUGACGGACUUGGUGAGACGAUAGUCAGUGUAGGCUUGGUGAAGCCCAAAGCAGGAGUGUUCCAGAGUUUUGUUAAAUAUUUAUUAGUCCUGACAACUACUGUUGAAAUUGUGGUAUUAGGUGUGACAUUCUCUGCAAGUAAAAAUGACAUGUCUGGGGAAUUUCAAGAGAUACAUCUGGUACCGGAGCCAGUGUUUGUACUGCCCACUGAUGGUGUGUCAAUGAUGUGUGUAACAGCCACUGCUAAAGGCAGGAUAUUCAUGGGCGGCAAGGAUGGAUGCCUUUAUGAGAUCACAUAUCAGGCCCAAUUAGGAUGGUUUGGAAAACAUUGUAAGAAAGUAAAUCAUUCAACCAGUGCGUUAUCAUUCUUAGUUCCUUCCUUCCUGAAUGCAGCAUUGUAUGAUGAGGAUCCUAUAAUCAAAAUAGAAGUGGAUAACUCACGACAUAUCCUGUACACGCUUAGUGAAAAGGGUUGCAUUGAAGUAUUUGAUUUAGGCAGUGAUGGAGAGGGCCUUAGCCGAGUAGUCAGACUUACACAAGGGAAAAUGGUCUCUUGUGCUAUGGAUAUUGUCAAAACCCUUGAACCAAACAACUUCAAACCUGUUGUUGCAAUAUCUGCAGUGGAUGAGUCAGAAUCAGAACAUUUAAAUUUAGUUGCUGUGACUCAAACGGGGGCUAGACUUUAUUUUAGUACUGGAAGCGGAGACGCGAACCAGAAUGGUCCCCAAAGACCACAGUAUUUAACACUGAUUCAUGUGCGGUUACCGCCUGGAUUCACGCCCAACGCUUCAGUACUAAAACCGAAACAAGUGCAUAGCGCCGUGUAUGAGAAUGGCACACUGGUGAUGGUGUGUUCGAUGGGCGGUGGCGCGGAGGCCGAGUCGCUGUGGUGCCUGUCGCGCGUGUUGACGGGCCCGACAGGCGUUGCAGUUGGUGCGGGCGCGGUGGCGGCCGUGGCGGAGGCGUCGUUCAGCGAGGCGCACACCGUGCUGGCACUCGACGGACCUGCCUGGGCACUCACCGCACUCCCAAAUCACCACCAUAAGCAUAUCUCACCAGCACUCUUGGCUAAAAAAGAGGUGUGGAGCGUGUCCCGUUGGGCGGCGGUGACAGGCGCGGGUGCGUGCGUGGUGUCAGCGGGCGCGGCGCCAGAUCUGCUGCGCUCGCUGCUUCGCGACUGUCGCGGGCCCGACGCACAACCCGUCAAACACUUCUUCCAGUUACAAAGCGUAGAGCAAGCCUGCGCGUGCGCACUUUAUUUGGCGUGCGAAGAUACCAGUAGUGGCGAUCUCUCGAUAAGCGAAUGGGCCACGCGUGCGUUCUUACUUUAUGGCAGCCAAACAACACCAGCACCUUUGUAUCCACAGACAUCACAAAUACCUUCUAAUAUAGGUUCACCAAAAUUUUCUCCACGGCAAAUGUCGACACCAAUGGCCAUGAGAGGCUCACAAGGGCCGAUGCAGGCUGGCCAGUUCAAUCAAUCGUACCAACAUGCAGCUAUGAAUCAAUCUUACCCCGGUUCGCCGAAUCCCAACAUGAUCCAGCAAACAUCCUUCCAUCAGAGCAUGAUGUCUCCAACUGCUUUCAACCAGUCUUCAUUUGUGGGUAACAUGCCUCAACAUAGAGAUCCGAAUUUUCCGAUGCAAGUUGAAUUCAGCGCGAAACACAACGGCCUAUACAUAUACGUGGGCAGGAUCCUCGCACCUAUUUGGAAUUUGAAAUGUGUUACCAAGUCCCAAACAUCAAAUAACGAGUUUAUGACUAGCAAAAUAACUGGUGAAGACUGUUCAUAUGUUGUGCAAAAGUUACAACGAGUGCUAGCAUUUAUGCAGCGGCCGCUCGCGCCACCACACACCGAAGAACAUGCCUCUUUACAAGCUCUCAAAUUAUUUAUUAGUAUGGCGAUAGAGAUGUUGAAUCUCUGGAAAGUGUUAUGCGAGCAUCAGUUCCACGUGAUUGCGGCGAACCUGCCCGCCGAUCAGCAAAACGCUUUGCAGGCCGCUAGCUUUAGAGAAUUACUGUUUGGAGGGCAAGAGGUGGCGUGCUUACUUUUGGGUUCACUAGUGGCUGGAUAUCUGAGUGACAAUGCCUCGGUAGAUGGAAUAUCCCAAAAAUUAAGACAAUUAUGUCCUACACUUUAUAGGCAAGAAGAUGCCACUUGUUCUAAGGCAAAUGAGCUAUUGAUGUUCGCCAAACAACAGAAAAAUCCAGCUGAAAGAGAAGAAAUGCUUCAGAAUGCCUUAAAGUUGUGUAAAGAUGUGGCACCAAACGUGAAUUUGCCACUGAUAUGCUCGAAGCUGAUGUCGGUGGGGUUCUACUCGGGCGUGGUGCAGCUGUGCACGGCGUGCGCGAGCCGGCUCGACCCGCACGACAAGGCGCUGCACUACUACAAGAGCGAUCAACCCUCGCAGGACAGAGAGGGGCAUCUUGUGUAUUAUAGAAGAAUGGAAAUAUACCGUGAAGUGUGUGCGGCACUGGAGCGGCUGUACGAGCGAGGUUCUGAGACAGCCAGGGAUCGUAUGUCUCUCAAAUCCACUCAACAAGAUUCUGACCCUUUGCUUUCCCUCUCGCCAGCUGAUGCCAACUACCAGGGUAGAAAAUUAGUCAUGGAAUGUUUAUCUCAGGAUGAUGAAAUUUUACAUGUGGCCGUUUACGAGUGGUUGGUGUCAAAACAUCUUGGUUCAGAGUUGCUAUCGCUGGGUCGAGCGCCGCCUCCGUCGUUAUGCACGUACCUGCAAGCGGCGGCACGAUCGGCCCCGCCCGCCACGGCGCUGCACCUGCUCGACCUGCUCUGGAAGGUGCUAGAGAAGUGCGGGGACCACCUCGCCGCCGCGAACGUACUCGAAGGUCUCGCCACCAGGCCCGGUUCCGGUGCGACACUCGCGCAGCGCAUGUCGUGGCUGUCGGCGGGCGUGGUGUGCGUGCGGGGCGGCGCGGGCGGCGCGGGGGGCGCGGGCGGGUGCGAGCUGGCGCGGCGGCUGGAGGAGGCGGCGGAGGUGGCGCGCGUGCAGGCCGCCGUGCGCGCCGCCGCCGCCGCGCUGCCCGCACACCUGCAGCCGCCGCACCACCAGAUGCGACGGCUCGACGACGAACUACUCGAGAUCACGCAGUUAUAUGAGGAGUACGCGGAUCGUUAUAACCUGUGGGAGUGCAAGCUAGCUAUAGUUCAAUGCUCCGGCCAUAACGAUGCGUUGCUAGUUGAGAAUAUCUGGAGCAACAUCACUGCCGAGGCGGAGAAGGCUGCCAGUAACUUGCCGACACCCGACGAGAAGCUUGCAGCAGUUCUCGUGAAACUGACUACACUCGGACGUGAAUAUGUUAAUACAGGCCACUGUUUCCCUCUAUACUUUAUCGUGCGUCAACUAGAAAUAUUGAGCUGUACACUGCAAGCCGACAAAGGCAUGGUGUUCAAAGCUAUACUGAACAUUGGCGUUCCCCUGGAGCAAGUCCUGGAUAUCUAUAUAAAACUGGUGAGCUUGAACGAGCGCACGUGGCUGGGGUGCGGCGACGAGACGCACGCGUGCGGCGCGGCGGCGUGCGUGCUGGCGGCGGCGCGCGCGUGGCUGGCGCCGCUGCCGGCCGCGCCGCCGCGCGCACGCUGCAAGGACCUGCACGACGCCGCGCUCUCCGCACUCUCCGCCUUGCAGACAACUCCUGAGACGCAACGCCUCAUCGACAGACUGUCGGAAGCGCAACUUCACCUCGACAUGGAUUAGGCCGGCUCCAAUCCAGGACGUGUGCUGUAUCGUUAGUGAAGGCUAUUCUAUGGCAAAAGCAAUGUUGGCGACAUUUCGAGUGUCAAUUGAAGAUUGGUAGUGGUUUUGGCCUGUCACUGGUCAGUUUUCAUCUUGGACGGACUUUAUACGCCUAUAGACCAAAGUGCUACCACUACCAGUGUGAGUAUAAAGAUUUAUGUACGUGUCGGUCGUCCAUAUUUUUAAUUUAGUACUAAUCGUUUAUUCCAGUAAGGUAUUAAUAUAAUAGAUAAAUUAUGUACAAGAUAAAUUAUGAAUUUACUGCAUAUUUCACUGAAUAUAUCUUGACCAAUCUGUAUAAAUACCGUAAGUAGGGUCACCAUAGACUGGUUGCCAGAAAAUGAUGUUCAAAAAUGUCAUAAUAUUGUAAGAUACACCAUAAUAUUCACAACUGUAUUAUGCUAUACAACUGAAUAAUUUUGGAAACAUUAAAACAUUAGAUAUUCUGUUUAAAAACUUAUUUUUCAUUGUAUGAGUUACAUUUUUUAUAAUUGUAAUGGUGCACUACUACUCCUCACUUCGAUUUCUUUAUAAUUGAAACAAAGGUGACAACUACGAAUAUUUUAUUUUUACA